AUGAUGCACUCUCCUGCUUCAGAGGAUGAUUCGGUGCAAGAUGACGCAGUUGCAGAAGAAACAGUCCUAAGUGAUGUGGAAAAGAAGCAGCUGCUGAGUUCGUUAGAGUUCGACGAGAUUGAUGCACGGCAUCAGACGAUCAAGGCAGCACACGAUAAAACGUGUACUUGGCUGCUUGAUAAGCCCGAGUACGUCGAUUGGUGCGAUGCCAAGAAACUUCCUGAGCACCGUGGCUUUCUAUGGAUCAAAGGAAAGCCUGGAACAGGAAAGUCAACCUUGAUGAAGUUUUGCAUUUCCAAAGCCCGAGAGAGAAUGAAGAGGACUGCGUUGAUCUUUUUUUUUUUCAACGCUCGAGGACACGACUUGGAAAAAUCUACCGAAGGAAUGUACCGGUCCAUAUUAUUUCAACUUUUGCGCCGUUUCCCAAAGCUUUUGGACGUUUUUGACACUCUUGGACUUGUAAGCCUACAUUUGGAACGCCACCAGUGGACUAUCGAACCACUGAAGGCGCUGUUCAAGACGGCUGUUCAAAGUUUAAAGGGUAAGGGAACAUCUCUAGUAUGCUUCAUCGAUGCUUUGGAUGAAUGUCCCGAGCCUCAAAUUCGCGACAUGGCCUCGUUCUUUGAGCAGUUAGGGGAACUCGCCAUAUCUGCCCGUGUCAAAUUUCAUGUUUGCUUUUCGAGCCGUCACUAUCCGCACAUUACGGUCACAAAAGGACUCAGCCUUAUCUUGGAGGCACAAGAGGGACAUCAACGUGACAUCGAACAAUACAUUCUCAGCGAGCUGAAAAUUGAAGACAAGGAACUUGCUGAACAUCUUCACAACGAGUCGAGUUCCGCGCAAGAAGUUCUCGCUACACAUAUCCGCCAGGAGCUUCAAGAAAAGGCAUCUGGAAUUUUCAUGUGGAUUGUUUUGGUCGUGAGAAUGCUCAACGAAAAAAUCGACAAGGGUCUGAUUGACCAGCUUCAACAGACGGUUCGCCAACUCCCUAAAGACCUCCAUGCCCUAUUUCGGGAUAUUUUGCAGCGGGACGAGAAGAACAAAAUUGGUCUACGUUUGUGUGUCCAAUGGGUUCUUUUCACGAGACAGCCGUUGAUCCCAAGGCAGUUGUACUGUGCAAUCAAGUCCGGCCUGGACGAGAGAGGUCCACCUGAAAUUGACCAUACCAUCGAGGAAAAAGAUGUCAAGAAGUUCAUCCUUGAUUCGUCGAAAGGCCUAACAGAAUUCACCGCCUCAGACAGUCUGACCGUCCAGUUCAUCCACGAAUCCGUCCGAGAUUUUUUCUUGAAAGAAGGCGGGUCAAAAGAAAUCUGGCCAGAGCUGGAGGAAGACUUUCAGGGUGCAAGCCAUGAACGACUAAAGCAGUGCUGCCUCACCCAAAUGAAACACGCCUGGACGGAUCUCCAGAUUGACUAUGGCGCUCUUCCCCGAGUCAACCGUAAAGCUAAUCGCAGAACCAGUCGCGCAGCUGAGCCCUCACAAGUCAACCCUCCAAAGGCCGGGCUUCUAUGUACAAAAUCUCCGGAAACCAUUCACCUCCGCCGAACUGCAGAGACUAAGUUCCCAUUGCUGAAAUACGCUGUCCAGAAUGUCCUGUUCCAUGCAGAUUUGGCACAGAAGUACGGCGUCCGGCAGGACAACUUUCUUCAUGAAUUUCAGCUCCCAGAAUGGGUCAAGCAGGAUAAUCUCCUAGCAGAGCGUAGCGCUCAUCAACACACUCUGGAAGCCAGUAUUUUGUACAUCCUGGCAGAGCAGAACUUGGCAAACCUCAUCGCAAUUCAUCCGUCUAAACUGAAUUGGCUCGAAAUAGGAUCCGAGCGCUGCGGACCACCUAUUCUUGCAGCUUUGGCUUCGAAAAGCUACAAAGCUGUGGAUGCGCUCUUAGAGGCACAAGGAAACCUGUACCCUGCGACAUCCCGACUCCACGGACUAUGGAGAAACCGUUCGACAACUUCGAAACUCAGAAGUAAUAUCAGAUUCUUCCUUGGAAGCUCUGUUUCUAGCUACAUUGCAGAGCUAGGUGAGGAUACAAUAUUGGAGUACAUUAUUUCUAAAGAUGACUACAAUAUCGAUCAACCGGACGGCAGCGGACAAACGCUGCUAUUGCUGGCUGCUAAAAAUGGGCGCGAAGCUGUUGGCCGUCUUUUACUCGAAAAGGGUGCCAACGUCGAGGCAGCGGAUUUAAACGGCAUGACGCCGCUAUUGUGGGCCGCUCGCAGAGGGGACGAAGCAGCUAUACGUCUUUUACUCGAAAAGGGUGCCAACGUUGAGGCAGCGAAGUCGGGCGGUAUGACGCCGCUAUCGUGGGCUGCUUGCUACGGGCACAAAGCAGCUACACGUCUUUUACUCGAAAAGGGUGCCAACGUCGAGGCAGCGGAUUUAAACGGCAUGACGCCGCUAUUGUGGGCCGCUCGCAGAGGGGACGAAGCAGCUAUACGUCUUUUACUCGAAAAGGGUGCCAACGUUGAGGCAGCGAAGUCGGGCGGUAUGACGCCGCUAUCGUGGGCUGCUUGCUACGGGCACAAAGCAGCUACACGUCUUUUACUCGAAAAGGGUGCCAACGUUGAGGCAGCGAAUUUAAACGGCACGACGCCGCUAUUGUGGGCCGCUCGCAGAGGGGACCAAGCAGCUAUACGUCUUUUACUCGAAAAGGGUGCUAACGUCGAGGCAGCGGAUUCGGACGGCAAGACGCCGCUAUCGUGGGCUGCUUACUACGGGCACAAAGUAGCUAUACGUCUUUUACUCGAAAAGAGUGCCAACGUCGAGGCAGCGGAUUCGGACGGCAAGACGCCGCUAAUGUGGGCUACCGAGAAAAGACACACAACAAUCGUAGAGCUGUUGACCUUGUAA